GAGCAAGGGCCACUGCCAGCCCCAUCGCUGCACGACGCAAUGACAGACCGAGACAAGGCGCGCGGCGCUCGCUACCCUGCACUCUCACACCCCGUUGUGGAUGGUGCGGCGGUUGGGCCGACAGGCUGGGGUGGCGCGAGGCAGAGCGGCUCAUGGAAAGCAACAACGCUCGCCCCGUCUUCUCCCUCAGGGCCAACACUGCCAAAGGGGUAUCGCGAUCCGAUCUGCACUCCUUGCUGCUGGCGCUCCCUGAGGUGGAGGUGGAGGAUUCACCGUACCUGGACGAUUUCAUCCGUGUGAAAGCGGGCAUGCAGCAUGUGCUCACAGCGGGGCUCAUAGAGGACGGCUCGUGCAACGUGCAGGAUGAGAGUGCAGGGUUGGUGGUGCGAGUGUUGGAUCCCCAGCCAGGGGAGACGGUGGUGGACUGCUGUGCUGCGCCGGGGGGCAAGGCUAUGUAUGCCGCUGGGCUCAUGCAGGGGACAGGGCGGCUGGUGGCAGUGGAUGUGAACGAGGGGCGAGUGCGCAUGGUGGCGCAGGCAGCACAGCGGCAAGGGCUGCAAAGCACAGUGGAGUGUGUCGUUGCUGACCUACGGUCCUAUGCGGUGUCAUCCCCCCUGCGUGGGGCGGCAGACCGAGUGCUGCUGGAUGCCCCCUGCUCCGGCCUUGGAGUGCUGGCCAAGAGGGCGGAUCUGAGGUGGAGGCGGACAGUGGAGGGGGAGGCGCAGCUCACAGCCCUACAGGACGACCUGCUGGAUGCUGCUGCCAGUUUGGUGCGGCCGGGGGGGCUGUUGGUGUAUUCCACAUGCUCCAUAGAGCCAUCGGAGAACGAGGACAGGAUCACCACCUUCCUGCAAUCACACCAUGUAUCCCCGGAAGCAGCGCCAGCUCCAGGCGCAACUCCGAAUCCGAAGAUCCCCGCCGAUCCUCCCCCCUCGGGUCCCCUGGGGGGCAGCGCGGCGGGGGAGGCGGAACGGCGGGGGACCCGCGGCAAGCGUCCCGACCUCCACCGCGCUACGAUCCGCGCAUGGGUCGGCAUUGUUCCCCCCCUCGGCGGUUCCGCGCUGUCCCCCGCUCCCCGCCCCCCAUCCCCGCUUCUCGAGUCAUCGUUCCCCGUCUCAGCAAUCCAAUCAGACCCUAGCGCCACCGCCGCCGGCGGCGAUGGAGUAUCCGGGAGACCAACGAACAGUUCCGUUCAACAGCUGCGGUCGAACCGCCACCUACGCACACAUUCGGUCGACGUAUCGUCCAUCGAUUUCGCCUUCCACGUUCCCGAUCAAGGGGGGCUGGAGGCGCAGGGGGCACCGGGCGCAGCGGAAGGAGUCGGCGCAAGGGGAAGCGCGGGGGAAAGGGCAGCGGGCCCGCCACCAAAGUCCCCCUCGGGGUUCAGAUUAGGGUUUGGGCUGGGUAUUCGCCCCAGCAGCAGCCAUGGCGGCCGCCCCAACACUAGCCACGGGCGCUUGGGAGGCGGAGCAACGUCGGCGAGACCGGGAAGCGGGGGAAGCAGACCGGGAAGCGGCGGAAGCAGACUGGGAAACGCGGCCGAGGGGAACGGCGGUCCGGAGCAGAGUCAGGGGCGGGGCGGGCGGGCGCACGCGCGGCGGGCGUCAGUGGACUUCGGGUCGAUGGGCGCAGGUAUCCCCGCUUCCGCCAGUGAGCCGCUAUCCCCGUUUGAAGCAGCCAAAGCGUCGCUCUUUGCGAGUCAGCAACGCCAGCGGGCUGGGAUGGGGGGAGGGAUGGCGGAAGGGAUGGGGGGAGGGGCGGGCGGAGGGGUACCGAGGCGCAGCAGCGUCGACGGCUCCGGGCGCGCGAUUGAGUCCCCCCGGUCAGCGGCCAGGCGCGGGCUGCAGUACGGGUUCGGUUCGGAUAACCGCGGAAUGGAGGUUCGGGCUGAGGCUCGGAGCCCUAUAAUGCUCGGAGCACGCGCUCGGCACAGGCUCUCCGCAGGCUCGGACUCUGUUGAUUCAGGUGGGAGCGAGUCUCCUGCGUUUUCACCUGAGGGUUCGGUGUCCCCGCAUGGGGGGGCGCUGCCGGGGAGCAGGAGCACGGGAAGCGCGCCGAUGGGGGGAUUCGCUGGGGGGAUGGGGGGUGCGCUGUCUAGCUGGGGAGCUAGGCGCGCGGGGAUCAACCCGCCGCGGCUGCAGGUGGAGCCGCAGGCACAGGCGCGCAAUUUCGGUGGAUUUCAACCAGGCGCCGGUGUUCACCGCGGCUUCCCCCGUGGGGGGCCGGCGGAAGGGGCGGAGCCAGAAGAGGGGGAUCUCUCGCUGUCCCUCUCCCCCCCCCACGCGCUAUACGCCUCUGGCGGCGCGGACCCCGUGUUUGACGCUAUGUCUCCCCGCCUGCUCACUCCCAAGGGUUUCAGCACUGGGUUCGGCGCCGCUGCUGGCCCCGGGCCUGCUGGCUCGGGGCUGCUAGGUUCGGCAGCGCCAGGCUCGGGCGCUGCUGCAGUGGCUGGGCGGCAGCUGGCCGGCCAGCACCGCCGGCACCACUCGCGGAUGGGGAGCGGGGUGGGCGGGCCAAUUCUUCCUCCGCGCAGCCCUUUAACCAUGGGGGGAGGGGGCAGCGGGGCGUGGGGGGAUAAUUUUAACAUAGGGGAAUUUACCCCUUCUGCUUUGCAAUCACCCAAGCCCCCGCGCUCGCCUUUCCACAACGAAUUCUCUCAAGACAGGGCAGCAGCCGCUGCCGCCGCCUCCGCCGCGGGGAGCGCUGCUGCUGCUGCUGGCGCAGGCCAGCUGCCCCUCACGCCUGGGCGGAACCGUGCGCUGGUAGCUGCGCGCGGAGGCGGGGGAGGCGGAGGGGCGCUGAUGCGGGGCAGCGCGCGGGAGCGGCCGUCCCCUGAAAUGGACGAGGAGGACGACGUGUGGGGCGCUGCUGCUGCAGUAACAGGGGGAGCAGGGGGGGCAGGGGGGGCAGGGGGGGUGAGAGUGGGGGGGGGCGCGUAUGAGCUGCGCAAGGCGGGGAGCAGCAGCCGGCUGGAGCAGGCGCUACAGCCAGACCACCGCGUGCAGGGCUCCCUGGCCUUCAACCGCCUGCACUCCGCGCGCGACCCCCACGCCAGCCCCCCUGCGCCCGCCUCCCCCCUCACCCCCUCCGGCGCCCCUGGCAGAGCGCUCGGCGGGGGGUAUCAGGGGUCUGGGCGGGGGGGUGGCGGGAAAGGCGCGGAGAGGAGCGGGUCGGGGGCGGGGAUGGGCGCGGGGCGGGGGGGCAUGGGACGUAUGGGCGCUACCGCUACCGCUGCUGCUGCUGCUGGUGCUCAUGCUGCUGGUGGUGCGCGCAGCAGUGGCGGGGGCACUGGCAGCGGCGGCAGGGGGGGAGUAGUGCCUGCUUGCUCCUCCCUGGACAGUGCUGGCCUGGACGCUUCCCCCCUUGCAUUUCUCUCCCACGGCUCUAUCCCUGAUCGCCCCAGCACUGCCUCUGGCCCCAGCGGUAGGCUCAGGGCAGCAGCGUGGGGGAGAAUGAGAGCGGAUGGGGGAAGGAGGGACGAGAGGGCGGCGGGCGUGGGUGGGUGGGAAGGGGGAGACGGGGAAGGGGGGGAGGAGGGGGAAGGGGGGGAGCGAGAGCCGCAGCAGCAGCAGUGGCAGAGGAGGCAGGGGAGAGGGCAGGCGGCUGGUGGUGCUGGUGGUGGCGGUGGUGUGGGUGGGUGGGGGGGAGACAUCAUUGGCAGUAGCAGCAGCAGCAGCGACGCUAUUGCUACCAACCCUGCCAGUUCUGCUGCUGCUAAUGCCAGCACCGGCGGCGGCGGGGGUAGUAGCAGCAGCGGGGACAGUGGUAGCGCCAGGCGAAACCUGAGGAGGAAUAUGAGCACGAAUUGCCUUAUUGCGGCGGGUAAGGGCGCAGGAGCAGGGGCGGGAGGAGGAGGGAUGGGAGGCGGAGCCGCAGGGCAAGCAGGUGGAAUCUCAGGUGAAAGCACAGGGCUGGAUAACCAGGCACAGGGGCACGCAGGGCAGAGGGGGGAAGGGGUGCGGAGGGCAGGCAGCGUGGGGGGGGUCGGGGGGGAAGGGCCAGGCGGGGGGGAGGGGAUGCGGGAGGGGGGAGGUGGGGGAGUGGGGGAUGGAAUGCGGGUGGAGAGGCGGAAACACAGUGGAUCCCCAUGCAGAGCAGUUUCUCAAGAGCCUGAGCACAAGGCGAAGAGCCUGAGUCAGUACAUCAGCAGGGGGCUUACUGGGGAGCUGGGGCCGUAUGGAGGCGAGGGGGAGGGCGAGAAGGGGGAUGCGGAAGCCGACAUGUGGCAGGCACAAGGGGAAGAUCCUGAGUCAGGACAUCAGCCGGGGCUCACGGGGGAGCUGGGGCCGUAUGGAGGCGAGGGGGAGGGCGAGAAGGGGGACGCUGAAGCCGACAUGUGGCAGGUGAUGAGCUCUGGCAGCAUGCGGUGGCGGGAUUUUAUCCUGCGCAUGCCGUACGAUGACGUGAAGAAGUUCUACUCGGUCAGCGCCACCAAGAUCGGCAGCGGGCGGUACGGCGUCAUUCGCACGUGUCUGAGCCGCAAGACUCGUGUGGUGCUGGCGUGCAAGACGAUAAGGAAGGACCAAGUCAAGUGCAUGGAGGACGCGGAGGACGUGCGCACAGAGGUGAUCAUUCUGGGCAUGCUGCGCAACCACCCGGGCAUCAUCAGCCUGCACGACGCAUUUGAGGAUGCAAAGUAUGUACAUCUCAUCAUGGAGAUGUGUCGGGGUGGGGAUCUAUUCGACCGGGUGAAGCUGCGGGGGCAGUUCAAGGAAACCGACGCGGCCAUCGUGUGCCGCUCUCUCGUUGAAGCGCUGCUGCACUGCCACUCCAACGGGGUGAUUCACCGCGAUGUGAAGCCCGAGAACGUGCUCAUGUGUGACAAGGACGUGGACACCAAGAUCAAGCUCAUUGACUUUGGUGUUGCCACAUUCUACAAGCGAGGCGUCCCCUGCACUGAGAGGGCAGGCACAGUAGAGUACACAGCACCAGAGGUGCUGGAUAAGAGCUACGGGCCAGAGUGCGACAUCUGGAGUGCAGGAGUCGUCCUUUAUAUCCUCCUCUGCGGCUUCCCGCCGUUCUGGGCGGCGACCAACGCUGAGCUGGAGCAGAGCGUGCGGGCGGCGGCGGUCGACUUCCGCCACCCGCGCUGGGCGGCGGUGUCGGACGGCGCCAAGGACCUCGUGAAGAGGAUGCUGACGAAGGACGUGAGGCGGAGGAUCUCCGCUCUUGAGAUAUUCG